UUUGCCUCUUUUUUCGUCGUCGUCGUCUUCGUUCUCCUUCUUCGUCGUCGAAGCAGACGCCGUAGAAACCAAACCGUUUUUCUUUGCUUCUCUCGCAUAUGCGUUUGGAAUGGCCGGCUCUUUUGUCUCUGAAGCACGCUUCGCAGCUCCACGCCCAGCUAAUCGUCGCCGGAUCGCUCUCCCACUCCCAGUCCACCACUUGUUUGCUGAAAUGCCUCACAGAAGUCUCCUCCGCCCCGCACUCCUACGCUCUCAGCUUCUUUUCCCGAAUUCCGGAUCCCUCCACCUUUCAGUGGAACACCAUCAUCCGGGCCUGUUCUUCCCAUCAUUUCCCCCGAGAAUCCCUCAAUUUGUUCCGUAAAAUGCGUCAGAAGAGUGCGGUGCCUGAUGCCUACACAUUUCAGUUCAUGUUCAAGUCCUGCAGCCUUGCAGGCUCGGCCUUGGAAGGGCAAAUGGUGCAUGCUCUGUUCGUCAAGCAUUUUCCUGACUGCGAUGCGUUUGUAGCGAAUUCUUUGGUGUAUAUGUAUGUACAACUUGACUGCAUUGACGAUGCCGUGACAGUGUUUAGAUCGAUCGACAUGAAAGAUGUUGUAUCCUGGACGACGAUAAUUGGGGGACUUGUGAAAUCUCGGUUUGUGGAUGAUGCUCGGAAGCUGUUCAAUGAAAUGCCUGUGAGAAAUGUGGUUUCUUGGACGAGUUUGAUAGCCGGCUAUGCUAAAGACGGAAGGGCUUCAGAGGCUGUUGGGGUGUUCAAAGAGAUGAUGUCUGAGAAUGUCGAGCCAGAUACCGUUGCAAUGGUUGCAGUCCUAUCGGCAUGCGCACAGUUGCGGGAUCUAAAAUUGGGCAAAUGGCUUCAUCAGAUUGUCAUCGAUAAGAGAAUUGGUGUGAGCAGCAAUCUUGCUGUUGCACUAAUCAAUAUGUAUGCAAAAGGUGGAAGCAUCAAGUCCGCUCGUCAGAUCUUCGACUCAAUGAACAACAAGAUUGCACCAGCAUGGAAUGCCAUCAUUGAUGGGUACUGUAAGAUUGGCGAUAUCGACAUAGCUCGAUCCUUAUUUGAGAAAAUGAAUGCUCCUGAUAUCAUCACAUUUAACUCAAUGGUCACCGGAUACAUACAUGGAGCUAGACUUAAGGAAGCAUUGCAGUUAUUUUCAAAGUUACGAGCAUUUGGCUUGCAACCUGAUAAGUUCACAGUAGUCAGCUUGCUCACAGCUUGUGCUAGUUUAGGUGCACUAAGCCAAGGCAAGAUCUUGCAUGCUCACAUCGAAGAGUGUUUCGUAAAGCAGGAUGUGUAUCUUGGGACUUCAUUACUGGACAUGUAUACAAAAUGUGGAAAGGUUGAUCAAGCCAUGCUAGUUUUCGGUAGGAUGGUGGAGAGGGACGCACAGACUUGGACCGUUAUCAUCUCAGGCCUUGCGAUCAACGGAAUGGGGAAACUUGCACUUGAGCAUUUCAGGUUAAUGAAGGCUGAGGGUUUGCGACCGAAUGCAGUAGCCUAUGUCAGUGUUCUGACUGCGUGCAGUCAUUCAGGUCUAUUAGACGAGGGGCGGAAGUUUUUCAAUGAGAUGAGUAGUUUAUACAACAUAGAGCCUGAGAUUGAGCACUACGGCUGCAUGGUAGAUCUACUUGGUCGUUGUGGACAUCUGCAAGAGGCGAUUGGGCUUAUCGAAAGCAUGCCCAUGGAACCAAAUGCCGUUAUCUGGGGCUCCAUGUUAAGCUCUUGCAGACUGUACAAGAACACCGAUUUAGCAGAGAAGGCGGCAAAGAAUCUUUUGGAAUUGGAGCCACACGAGGAUGCCGCCUAUGUUCAGCUGUACAAUGUGUAUGUAGAUAACAAAAGAUGGGAUGAUGCCAACAGGAUCCGAAGGUUGAUGGAUGAUAGAGGAGUUAAAAAGACUGCAGGUUAUAGCUCAAUUACAAUUGGAGGACAGGUACACAAGUUUAUUGCCGGUGAUCAGCGGCACCCAGAAAUCAUGGAGAUUCAAGCAGUGAUGGCUGAAAUGACAAAGAGAUUGAAGUCGGCAGGUUAUUCACCAAUCGUCGAACAGGUAAAAGUGGAAAUGGACGAAGAGGACAAGGAACAGGCAUUGUUUGCACAUAGUGAGAAGAUGGCAAUCGCGUUUGGGAUCAUGAAACUACCAUCCAAUCUGCCAAUUCACAUUCUGAAAAACCUGAGGGUCUGCGAGGAUUGCCAUUCUGCAAUCAAGUUGAUAUCGAAGCUCUGGAGUCGGGAUGUCGUGGUCAGAGAUCGAAGUCGUUUCCAUCAUUUUCGCAAUGGCAAUUGCUCGUGCAAUAGCUUCUGGUGAUCCUCAACGAUCGAGUUGGUGAUUAAUAGGGUUCAACGUCAAGAGGGUCCUUUGCCGCAAGUCAAGCUUUGUUUUCAAAUGGAGCCAUGUUUAAUGUGUUUGAGCUGAGUGUGAGACAUAAAAGUCCAUAUCAUUGAUAUUCUCGAUGAAGAUUAAUAUUCACAUUCCAUUGAUGCA